GUGUUUGUGUGUGUCCUCUCGGAGUUUAUUGCUUUGUGGGAGUCACCGCUUCAUAACAGAACGCCUCAGUCCCGUCUGUCCAUCAUUUCUCCCUUUCACAUUCCUGCCAUUCCACAUGGGCCAUUGCUCCUACCGCACCCCACAUCCAAGCCAAGCCAUUCUCACCACUGCGCUUCGUUAUGAGCAGAUUUCAGAUAGCUCUGAAUAUACAAUCCACAAGGUUUCAACUGUUACAGUUAACAUUUUUUCACUCCAAAUAGUUUGGGACUUUCCACAGCUGAUGUUCUGUGACGCAUGUGCUGUAUGUACGAAUCUACCAGUGGCUGAAACCACAGCUAGGACCUGCAGUGAUCUUUGGCAUCCCGGUGGAUCAGUGACCGCUCGGUGAGUUGGAGGGACAUUUGCAAUGGGUGGAACAGAGCGUCUGUGGCUACUUGCUAGUUUGUGUCAGGUAAGAGAAUAUCUGUAACGCUUAUGGAACUUCACAGGUGUAUUGUAACUGUUUUUCAAGUUGCAAAAUUGUGUGUAGUAAUCAGAGUCUCUCAACACUCCCUCUAAUGUAUUUGUGUAAUUUAGUUGCUUACCAAUGGCACUGGUUAGAUCACUUUAAUGUCCGUGCUCUGCACUGCGCUCGUAUGGUGUUGGCCAACGACGUUUUCUUUACUGAAGGGUAAGAUUGUUGGCUCUGUUAUUAACACUGUUAUUGGUGUCAGCAUGGAUCUAAACCCUCUUGGUUAACCACCGUGCCAUGUUACUUUCCAUAUUCUCAGGUUGUCUCGCUGACAUGUGAGCAGAAUUUAAAGCCUGUUGAGGUUGAAGUUCUAUUUCAGACCUUCCCGUCAACAAAAUAUUCUGAUGCCUACACAGUCACCUGAAGGUCUGCAACUAACCAGCUGGUGCACGUGGGGCCCAUCGAUCGCUCAGCAUGCUCCGUGCACGAGUGCAAAAUGCCGUUACGAUUGGUUGAAAACCCAACGGGAUAUAACAUCUCACUGACUGCCAGCAUAAAUGAUACUACACUUGAGAAAAAGUAUUUUCUCUUCAUUCCAGUCUCUGUGUCCUCACUUAAUGUACACAGCACGGCUACUACUGCUCUCCUGGUGUGGAAACUUCACAAAGAACAAACCCUGUCCUCCUUGAGUCUAUACGACACUCACACGCAAUCUGUCUCCCACAUCUUCAACCUGAACGCAUCUGAGUCUCAGUACACGGUGAAAGGUCUCCAGCCCGGCACGCGCUUCAAGGCCAAAGUGUUGGUCACUACAUUCCUGAAACACCUUGAUGUGACCUUGAAGCAGAGACUCAGCGUUGCUUUUGAAACAGCUCAGUGCCCCACUGGCUGGUUGGCCAGAGGGAGAAGCUGCUACUCCGUGAGGAGGACGGGUUUGACCUGGACUGACGCCCGGCACGGCUGUAGAGGCUUGGCAGCUGAAAGUCACCUGGUUGAUCUGAAGGCCGUGGAAGAUCUGCAUUUCAUAUCUUCUCAUUUGCUGAAAACGAACCUGCUGCUGCUGUGGACCAGACUUAAUGACCAGCAGGAGGAGGGGCACCCACUCUGGUCUGAUGGCUCAGCCUAUAACUUGACAAGCUCUGUGAUGUCAUUACUGCCAGACAAUCAGACGGACUGUUUUGCCCUUCAGAAGGAUGCCACAGGCCCAGGAUACUUUCUCACUCCGUUCUUCUGUCGUAUCCCUUUGCCCUUCGUCUGCCACUUCCAGACUCCUCCUGUGCCUGAAACAUUCUCCUUCGCAACACAUGCUGCUUCGUUGGAGUGAACUCUCACCCUUGAACUCUCUCAUCUUUCUUCUUUUGAGAUAUUCCUCCAGUACCAAGAGGAGGCAGAUGGACAGUCGGGUCAAGACGAAGGACAUAGAAUCAGGAAGUCAGAGG